CGGGGGCCGCAGGUCCCAGAAGGUGGCGACUUUCCUGGGCCUGUGGCGCCUUGGCGCAGGUGGAGAGGUCAGGCUGGAGGGGGCUUCGGCCUCCGGCGUUGGGAAAUGGCGGCGGGGGUCAGAAUAGAAGACGGUUCCUUGGACAUUAUCCAGAGUAUUGAAGAGGACCCACUUCUGGAUGCCAAGCUUCUCCCGCAUCACUCAUUACAAGCUCAUUUUAGACCCAGAUUCCACCCUCUUCCUACAGUCAUCAUAGCAAAUCUUCUUCUGUUUAUCCAUGUUGUGUUUGUUAUUUUAGCGUUCUUGACAGGUGUGCUUUGUUCUUACCCUGACCCAAACGAGGACAAGUGCCCUGGAAACUACACCAACCCACUGAAAGUCCAGACAGUCAUAAUCCUAGGAAAAGUCAUUUUGUGGAUUCUGCACUUACUUCUGGAACGCUACAUUCAGUAUCACCACAGCAAAGUGAGAAACCGUGGCUAUAACCAGAUCUACCGAGCCACAAGGCAUCUGAAGAGCCUCGCCCUGGUGACACACUCCACCGGAAACACGAUGCUCCUCCUCAUACUGUGCAUGCAGCAUUCUUUCCCUGAGCCCAGCAGGUUGUACCUUGACCUCAUUCUGGCCAUCCUGGCCCUGGAACUGCUCUGCUCCCUGACCUGUCUGCUCAUUUAUGCAGUGAAAAUUAGAAAAUUUAAUAGAGCCAAACCACAGCCUGAUGUACUUGAAGAAGAAAAAAUCUAUGCUUACCACAGCAAUAUUACCUCGGAAACCGGAUUAAGGACUAUUUCAAGCCUAGAAGAAAUUGUUGAAAAGCAAGGAGACAUAAUAGUGUACUUGAAGCGACACAAUGCCCUGUUGAGUAAGCGGCUGUUGGCACUCACUUGCUCAGACCUAGCCUCUCAGCCAAGUAGGACAUGAGAGGCUCACAGGCGUGAUCAUGGCUGAAGAGUUCAGAGCAACCUCAGACUGAAGGACGGCCUGUCCUGCUGCCCUAGGGAACCACAGCCCUUGCUGAAAAACAUUGUGUAGUGUGUUGGAAACUUGAACUUGGUUCUCACCUGUGUGGCUGUUUAGUAGAUGGGGCUUAUGGAUCAUUUGAAAGGUACUUUGUAGAAGUACUUUGCUAACUUGAGAAGAAUGUCUGUUUUGUACAUUUUUAAAUAAUUGAACUUCUUGGUUUUUCCUAGGAUCGAAGGUACAGUUCAAUUAUCCCAUGGCCAACAGUUUUUCUACUUGAUAUUAGAUCCCUCUAAUAGCUGGGGAUGUAGCUCAGCAGUAGGGCAUGUGUUUAGCAUGCACAAGCCCCUGGUUCAAUCCACAGCAACACCCCCACUGCUCCCCCCCCAAAAGCCCUGUGAUAAUAUGGCUAUUUGUAAAGUAAAACUGACAUAAUUUAUUUUAAACAGGGGUUUUAAAUAAGUUCUUUCUUUUGUGGAGUGGGAAAGUACUGGGGAUUAAACUUGGGUACUUUACCAAUAGGCUAUGUCCCCAGUCUUAUUUUAUUUUAAAUUUUGAGACAGGGUGUUAUGAAGUUGCUGAGGCUGGCCUUAAACUUGUAAUCCUCCUGCCUUAGCCUCCUAAGGCACUGGUAUUACAGGUGUGCACCACCACACCCCACAAGUUCUUCCAACUCUUAAGCUAAUGAAAGGAGUCAUUAUUUCUUAUGGUUAAUGUUUUUUCUCUGCAGACCCUUAUUGUGUAUUUUAUAUGCUCAUGUGAUAUUGAAUAACAAUACUCUUUUUUCACAUACUCUUUUUUCAUCCCCCCAGGCAAGCUCUCUACCACUGAGCUGCACCCCCAGCCCCCAUGCAGCUUUUAUAGAGAAUUUCUUCACUGUAGGACCAAGGCCUCACUGGGUGAUCAACAAUACAAAUUCUACAUUGUUCUGUUCUUCUGAAACAAGAUAGGAAAAUUACCUGGACCAGUGUGAGCCCAACCAGCAAUACCUGUUACCUUGGUAGUACCUUCCAUUGGCAAAAGCUGAAAAAUUUAAAGGAUUUAUGUCUUUCACUUUAUUUUUGCUCUUCUUCAAGAAGUUGCCGUGUAUUUCUGUACUAAUUAUCCUUUCAUUGGGUCAUUAAUUUCAGUAUAGAAAUGGAACCUUCUAUGAUUUUAAAUCUGUAUAAAUAGAAAAAAAGCACUUUAUUUAGACUUGGAUUAUAUGUAAAAAUUGUGAUGGGAAUAAAAUGUCAUAUCAGUUUCUAUACAGAUACUAAACAUACCUAGUUCUUGAUAUAAAAAGUAUUUUUGUGAGUAAAUGGAAUUAUUUCUCCAUUCUUCCUAGCGCACCCCUUUAAUUUAUCAAUUUGCUCGCAGUACCUCUACAUGCUGCCUUCGAUUUUUUUUGUUGUUGUUGAAGGCUCAGUAUGGGGGGAGGAGAUAUUUGUGAUUAUGCAGUGAUUAUGUGUAGUCAGUAGAUGAAUACUGUGACUUGACAGCUAUCCAUAGCUUUAUAGGAAUGUUUUGGAUGACCAGAUAGACGAGGAAUGUAUUCAUUGGAUCUGUUACAUAUGGAGAGCAGAUACCUGUUUCCUUUAGAUACAGCCAUUGCUGGGGCAUCUAAAAUUUUUCUAAGAUAAAUAUGAUUAUGUGUCACCUGCAGGUAAAUACAGUUGAAUCCUCAAAAUAGUGACAUUCACAAACUGAAGCCAAAUUGUAUUUUAAAAUUUAGAUUCUAAAUUCCCAGCCCGGUGUGAUGGCCCACGCCUGUAAUCCUAGCAGCUCAGGAUGCUGAAGCAGAAGGAUUGUGAAUUCAAAGCUAGCCUCAGCAACUUCGAGUCCUGAGCAACUCAAUGAGACCCUGUUUCUAAAUAAAAUAUAAAAAGGGCUGGGGAUGUAGCUCAAUGGUUAAGCACCCCUGGGUCCAAUACCAAAAAAAAAAAUUAAAUUUUAAGUUUCCUCCCUUUCCUUUCUUUUUAAUAGGUGUCUCAAAGCUAUUGCUUUCUCUGGAAAAUUGUUUCUACAUUUUGGAAGAGCCUAUAACCGUUGCAUCCAGUUGUUUUCCUUAAAACACCAGUGGUUUUGAGCCAGGCUUGGUGACACACACCCAUAAUCCCAGAGAUUCAGACACCUGAGGCAGGAGGAUCACAAGAUAAAGGCCAGACAACUUAGUGAGACCCUUUCUCAAAAUAAAUAAAAAGGACUGGGUAUGUAGCUCAGUGGUAAAGCACCCCAGGUUCCAUCCUUAGUAUGGGGGGAGGGGGGCAAUGGUGUACCCCACUGAACACAUUCUCAGCCUUUUUUAUUUAUUAUUUUGGGGCAGGGUCUCAUUGUCACCCAGGCAAGGCUUGAGCUUGUUACCUUCUAUCUCGAUCUCCUAAAUUGCUGGGAUUACAGGUGCAUGUCACUAUGCCUAGCUCCCAUCAGUAAUUUUAAAGAUAUAAUAUUUAUUUUAAAAUGCAGUUUGGAUAUAUUCAGUUUCUGAGAUGUACUUGAUGAACAUGGGUUUACAGGGAAAGGUAUGAUAAAGUUGGGAUGUUCGGGUCUGAUAUGAUAUCUGUAUAAUCACUAACACUUUUCUAAACUCAGUAAGGAACAUUUCAAACAGUAAACGAAAGUAAGUCUCAGUAAUAGCAGAAUGGGAAAAUGGACAAAACAAUAUAAAUGUUAGGGAUUCUAUUCAUCGGACUAGUUUUGUGCUAGCAUUGUGGAUACAAAAAAUUAAAACCUGGCUUGCAGUUUACAUUCUAAAGAAGGUAAUGAUUUCUAGGCUCUUCUAAAUGCAAUAAUUGCAGAAGCCCUGGAUAUAGGUGCACAGCUGGGUACAGUGGCACAGGCCUGUAAUCCCAGCUACCGGGCAGGCUGAGGCAGGAGAAUCACAAGUUGGAGGCCAGUUUCAGCGACUUCUUGAUACCUUGUCUCAAAACAGGCUGGGGAAUGAAGCUCAGUGGUAGAACACUCCUAAAUUCAGUGUCUGGUACUGAAGAAAAGAUAACUAUAGGAACACCGAGUCAGAGGAUACACUUGGGUGGUAGGUUUUAGGAAUUCCUGGCAAACUAAUAGUAAAGAAGCAAAGCAGAUAGCUACAAAAUACCACAAGCACAUUGUAUAGAAGGCGUUGUAUAGAACUUGAAACCGAGGGUCUUCAGAUCUUGGAGGCCUUGACCAUAUGCUGAGGAGCUUGCACUUAUUAUAUUGAUAAUAGGAUCCACUGAAAGAUUUCAAUCAAGGAAACGAUGUCACUUUUAGGGGGAUCUGAUUGUAGUUUGAAAUGGAGGAAAGAGGGUAGCAAAAAGAUAUAGCCCUGAACAAGGGCAGGUAUAAGAACAUUUAAUUGUGAUUAUAUAUGUGUAUAUGUAAAUAUAAAGAUGUACAUGUGUGAUCCAAAUGACAAUAGCAUCAUGACAUAAAGUUAAAAGCUUGUUAUUUUUUAAUGGAGACAUUGAAAAAUAUAAAGAAAAGCAAUGAUUCGAAAUUCUACCAAGUAUUUAUACCUAUUUGGACUGCUGUUUUUUUCCUACCCUAAUCAAUUGUGGCUGUUGUCAUUCUGUAAUCCCUGCCCAUUGGAUGGAAUAUUGUUUCAAAUUGCAUUUCUUCAAACAGUAAUGAAACUGAUGAUUUUUGCCAGAUUCUUUGGCCUUUUAUAAAUCUUCUAUGAUGUGUAUUAAAGUCUUCUGCUUAAUAUUC